AUGCUUGCUCUUCAGCAGAAGCGUGAAGCCGAAAACUACUGGAGACGCGCAGUGAAACUUCGCCCCAGUUACUUCGAAGCUGUCGAGCACCUGAUUGGAUUACUCUGCAGUGACCACAAAGGUCGUGAAGCCGUUCAGGUCAUCGAAGAAGUUGAACGCCAUUUGAGAUUUGCCAAAAGGGCCGACGCUCUUCGGAGCCUCGAAGUCGAGAGCGAACGUUCUGCCUCUGAAAUAAGCGAGUCAAGUCUAUCGGAAGCAUCUGAUCGGCCCGUGUUUGAGUUCGAGGGGGAGGACGAAGCCGUCUUCAAGGAUCUAGACGAGCUCCCUGGCUCGGACCAGCCAGGCUUUGGUUCAAGCGGCUAUGCCAUUGCUGGUUGCGACAACGGUCGCGUUCUAGCUCUGGUGCAUGCCAAGGGCAACAUGUUGUACGCACUCGGCGACAACGCCGGUGCCGCCAGGGCUUUCGAGAACGCGGUCCUCAUCGCAUCUGGACCUCAUCCCAAUGGCAUCGAUGGCCUCAUCAGGCGCAUUCUUGGCGUCGUUGGAUACAAUGUAGCGGAACGCUCUCCAGGAGGUCGACGUAUGCCCCCAUCGUCUGAUCCUAUACUGCUACCGCCGGACGCAGCGACCAGAACGGCUUUGCUCUGCUUCGCGCCGCACGGCCAACUUCCGGGCCUGAAAUACGUUCCUAGCGAAGGUCUCUCCAGGAAGGCGGCUAUCUCGACUACAAGCAACUCUCUGCUUUCGUUAGCAAAGAUUUUCCAGGACGGCAUGGCAACCAACUCACCCAAGAAUACCGUUUACCAAAGUAACUAUGGUGUACGAGAGAUUUUGGCUCUAUACUACCUGUCGCUUUCCCUGCAGCCUAGCCCAUCGACUGCAAACAAUGUGGGCAUUCUUCUCGCUAGCGUACAGCAAUCUGCCCCUUCGAAAGCCAAUCCAAUGUCGCAUGCUUUUGCCGGACCCCACAUCCCUGGGCUGAUGCCCGGUAGUGGAGUAGCUCUUGCGCUUGCGUACUACCAUUACGGACUCCAGCUCGAUUCAUCCCAUGCGCAUCUCUAUACAAACCUUGGAAGCCUCUUGAAAGAUAUCGGCCAACUAGAUUCUGCUAUAAACAUGUAUACACAGGCAGUCAAGUGUGAUCCGAACUUCGACAUUGCUCUCGCCAACCUCGCCAACGCCGUCAAAGACAAAGGCCGGAUAGCCGAUGCCAUUUACUACUACAGAAAAGCAGUAAAGUCCAGUCCAGAUUUUGCCGAAGCUGUCUGCGGGCUUGCUAAUGCCCUUAACUCUGUUUGCAACUGGGCUGGCAGAGGUGGUAUUGCCGAACACGGCGGAUCAAGAGACCGCUGGCAUGUCAACGACAGUGGCAUGCUUCUAGACGCCAAGAUACCCGGUGCGUCGAGCUCAGGCUGGAUCCACAAAGUCGUGAAAUUGGUCGAGAAACAGCUUGCAGAUGGUGAGGAUUGGGGCCGAGGCAUGAUGAAUGAACAAUUCAUACAAGAUGUCAUUCGUCCUCUGGCUCUCACGGGAAGCACGCAAAAUGUGAAAGAGAAAGAAGAUAGCAUGGUGUCAGUGUUGCAGCAAUGGAAGGGUCAAAAGUGGGAGGGUGCUCGCAUCGUACGACUCGUUGAGCGUGCUAUACGAUGGAUGACUUGGCAAUGGUACCAGGAUCGCUACGUCACUGGAACACAGCGACCACCGGCCUCCUACAAGAGACCUCAAUUGCCAGCAGCUUUGACGGUACCUGCGGCGCCUACUGUCCUACCGUUCCACACAUUCACCUGCCCCAUGUCGGCUAAACAGAUACGUCUUAUCUCGCAACGUAAUGGCCUCCGCAUUUCGACCUCGACGUUGAGAGUCCCUUGGUUACCUGCGACCGUCUACCAGCCUCCUGCGCCACCGAAACCAUACUUGAGGGUCGGCUACGUAUCAUCGGAUUUCAACAACCACCCGUUGGCCCACUUGAUGCAGUCGGUAUUCGGUUUCCACAAUCCAGGUAGAGUGAAGGCAUACUGUUAUGCCACCACAGCGAGUGAUGGAUCAGAGCAUCGCAAGCAGAUUGAGAGGGAAUCGCCUGUCUUCUACGAUGCCAGCAGCUGGUCAGCGGAACGACUUGUUCACCAGAUAACUCAAGAUGGCAUCCAUGUUCUUGUCAACUUGAACGGCUACACAAGAGGUGCGCGGAAUGAAGUCUUCGCUGCCCGUCCCGCCCCUAUCCAGAUGGCGUUCAUGGGUUUCGCGGGUACUCUCGGCGCCGAGUGGUGUGACUAUCUUCUUGCCGAUGAUACCGCUGUUCCUCCAGAUACACUCCGACAAUGGCGCCGUAACAUUGACCUGGAAGACGCUCUUGUAGACGACAACAGCGGUGGUUCAGACGAAGAAUGGAUCUACGGAGAGAACAUUGUCUUCUGCCGGGACACUUUCUUCUGCUGUGACCAUCGACAAAGUGCUCCAGACUCGCAAGGACGACAGCCCAAUUGGGAAGAAGAGCAACAGCGGAGGUGGGCUAUGCGUAAAGAGAUCUUUCCGAACCUCUCGGAUAAUGCGAUCAUCCUUGCAAACUUCAACCAGCUGUACAAAAUCGAGCCCACGACGUUCCGUACCUGGUUGCGCAUUCUUGAAAAGGUUCCCAAUGCCGUUCUCUGGCUCUUGCGUUUCCCCGAUCUUGGCGAGACCAACCUCAAGCAGACGGCUCUUGCCUGGGCAGGUGCAGAUGUGGCAAGCCGCAUCAUGUUCACCGAUGUUGCACAGAAGCAUCAGCACAUUUCUAGGGCUCGUGUCUGCGAUCUGUUCCUUGAUACACCGGAGUGCAAUGCACACACAACCGCCGCCGACGUCCUCUGGUCUGGAACACCACUACUGACGUUACCUCGCUACAAGUACAAGAUGUGCUCUCGCAUGGCAGCCUCAAUCCUCAAGGGCGCGUUACCCAAGACACCAGCAGGUGCUCAAGCUGCGAAAGAGCUCAUUGCGAGCAACGACGACGGCUACGAAGCCAUGGCCGUACGUCUCGCACGCAACUGCACGUAUAACGGCUACCGAGCGCAAGGUCGUUUAAGUGAGCUUCGCCGCAUGCUUUACGAAUCACGAUGGUCAAGCCCGCUUUUCGACACCAGACGCUGGGUCAGAGACUUGGAAGAUGCUUAUGAGAUAGCAUGGAAGAAAUGGGAGAAGGGAGAAGGUGGCGACAUUUGGUUGCAACAUGAACCAUCUCCGCGCGCUUAG